AAACUUCCCUGAUCAGUUUGAUGAGAUAAAAGACCCUCAACAAAUAGAAACAACUAAUAUGAUCAAGUGGAUCAAGGAUGUGCCAUUUGUCCUGUCAGCCAACCUCCAUGGAGGGUCUCUAGUUGCAAACUACCCAUUUGACGACUAUGCUCCUGGAAAGAGAAGUGGCACUAGUCAAAGCCCUGAUGACAAGCUUUUCAAGCAUCUUGCCUUGUCCUACUCUGAGGCCCAUCCCACCAUGCACCUUGAUAAGCCUCCUUGUAAGAAUGACCCUGAUCGAUUCCCUAAAGGAAUCACUAAUGGUGCUCAUUGGUAUCCAGUUGCCGGAGGAAUGCAAGACUACAACUACUUGAAUAGCAACUCGUUUGAAAUCACUGUUGAAGUCAGUUGCUGUAAAUUCCCAGAGGCCAGCACAUUGAAAAAGUUUUGGGAGUUAAACAAGCCUGCCUUGCUUGCAUAUCUUAAACAGGUCCAUACAGGAAUCAAGGGAUUUGUGAAGGGGGAGAAAGGACAGCCUUUGGCUGAUGCAAAGAUUGAUGUAUUGGAUCGCCAGCACACAAUAAGAUCUGCCAAAGAUGGUGACUACUGGCGCUUGUUGCUUCCUGGCAGUUAUGAUGUGCRAGUACAACACCCAGGUCAUCAGACACUCACCAAGCGUGUGGAAGUCCGUGAUGGCCCUGCCAAUGUAUAUMAUUUCGAYAUGAARCCAGUAGAGGGUGGUGAAUCUGAUGAAAGCUUAAAGCUUUCUAAGAAAGAAGAAGUGUCKGAGCCUUCCAAGAGAAAGUCAGCACCUGUAGGCUUGAUUGUGGGUCUUACAGUCAUCUGUGUUAUAGCACUUGUACUGGCUGUCUCACUKGCUGUUAUGAUAACCAAACGACACAGGGAAAAUGCAGAUACAGAGUCUGGUUAUUCACAAGUCUCAACAAAUGCUUCCUAAAGGAAUAGUAUUGGUCUUGUAUAUGUUAAAAAGUUAUUUUUGAAUCAUUAUUAUGUUGAGUUAGCCGAUUUUCCUUGGCUUCCUAUCAAUAUAAAUCAAAUUAUAUUAUUAUGKACAGUCAGUCCUGGAAAGAUUGAACAUUCAGUUGAAAAGCCAUAAAGACAACAACAACAACUCCAGAUGAAUUAUAAUGUAAUGAAAUUUUGCAAACUUAUGUUGAAUAUAUUCUUGUUGUAAAUUGAAAACAGAUACAGGCAAAUCAUUUUGUUGUUAUUGCUCUUACGUCUUUACAACUGGACAACCUUUGCAGGAUUGGCUUAAACUUAAUAGUAAAACUCAAGUGUACUUAAUAAUUUCUUCAUUCCAUUCUUACAUACAGUGCAUGCAUUGAGCAUAUUCAUUUUUUAUCAUGAAGGAUCCAUCUUACAUAUAAAAACAGUUGAGCAAACAAAYUUUGAUUUAAUAAUUAAUCAAUCAAAAACUGCCAUAAAGCAUGUUGCCUCUGUCUUCACACUUGUAAGUCCUUUCAUAGACUAGAUACCAUCAGUGGGACCCAGUUUGUUAUCUGCCACAUUGACAGAGAGCAGACUGGGGACUGCAUAUGGGAUUUCAUCUACUCAUUUUAUUAUUCUGUAUACUCAAAGCAAUUCAAGGAAUUGAUUAGUGUGGAUUUCAACUAGAUUUGGUAUCCAUACAAAACCAGUUUGUUGAAUUCAUUAUUUCUGGUUUGGUGUCAAAGUAAUGCAGACCUUAUUGRCRCUGUUUAUUYAAGUUAGYAAUAUUGCAAAUUGGAAAUAUUAUUUUGUUACGCACAAAAUUUAAUGUCAUGACUACCUGUAAGCUAUAAACAUCGUGGGUUACAAACACAGAUUAUAUUGUAGCAUAAAGGUGAUAAACUUAAAACUUCUAGUCAUAUAUGUAGACCAUGGUCUAAUGGGAAAUAUUAUACUAAACUGGUUUGGAUUCGAUCUUCAUUCUUUGUGUGAACUUAUAUACUAAAACAAGGUAUAUUACUAAGGUACUAGAAGAUUGACUUUUUGUUGUUAAUGUAAUGUAAUUUUAGCAUCAAAUGUACACAUGAAYCUAAUUGCAGAAACAUUGUCUGAACUGUUAUUUAGGUAUUUAGAACCAAUGGAAUGCAUUACAAAACAAGAGAUGACCACCACUGMAGGUGAACUCUUUCUUUUGUAUUGCAAUGAAUUCCCAAAGUGCUAAAGAUCGAUUUGUUGGACAACGUUCCUUUUAAUUAGGUUURGCGACAAAAASUUAAUGUCAUAUUCAAGGGUUGGAAUAACUGGAAUUAAAACUCUUGGAAGGGUUAAUAAUCUAUUUGAAACGCACAUUGUGGAGUUUGCAUUUCCUAUUAGUAGGUUAAACUCCUUUCUCAAGAAAAAACAUAUCCAUACUGCAAAUCUACCAUUUAGACAGCCCCUUGGGAGAUGCCCCUUCGUCUACGUUAAGGUGUAUAUAUUAAUUUAUGGUGUAGACUUUAAUACUAAAUUAAAUAGCCAGUGAAAACGUUAAACCCACGAAAAUCAGGUCAAGUUGUGAUUAUAGUCUAAUAGACACGAGAUAAAAGUUGAGCUAAAUAUUGUUUGUUAGUAAWAUUUCACAGGUUUGUGGACACCAGUUUAGCAUUAUAAUUUUAAAGGAUAUUUAUGGGUGAAAAAUAAAAGUCGUUUGUUGGGAAAA